CGCUGGGAGAGAGAACUUGAUACAGAGCAACAGUAAAUCACACGGACCUACAGUAUACCAGUGUUGAAAUUUGUAAUCCCAUUGCAUGUAUUUGUGGCUAGUGAAAGGAGCAAGUGAGAUCACUGCGAUCUCCCAUUUGGAUAGAGUUGAUUUGUUGGGUAAGGACAACAACGGAUCUUUUUCAGGCACAGUUCAAAUAUAUUUGAAUUUCUAGCACCAUGGAAAUGUCCGAAAACAAGCCGAAUGAUGAUCCGAAGUUAUCUACGACUGACAGGAUGGUAAAAUCUGUCCCGUUCCCGCCAAGUCACCGACUCACAGCCAAGGAGGUGUUUGACAGCGAUGGGAGGCCCAAAGUGGAUGUGCUCAAAGGCCACCUGACCAAGGAGGGCCGCGUGGAGGAGAGCGUGGCCCUCAGGCUCAUCGGCGAGGGAGCGGCCAUCUUGAGGGCUGAGAAGAACCUGCUGGACAUAGAGGCCCCCGUGACAGUUUGCGGAGACAUCCAUGGCCAGUUCUUUGACCUGAUGAAGCUGUUUGAAGUAGGAGGGUCACCCGCUAGCACACGAUACCUUUUCCUGGGCGACUACGUCGACAGAGGAUAUUUCAGUAUCGAAUGUGUGCUGUACUUGUGGGCCUUAAAGAUCCUAUACCCCAAAACACUCUUUUUGCUUCGUGGGAACCACGAAUGUAGACAUUUGACGGAGUAUUUCACAUUUAAGCAGGAAUGUAGAAUUAAGUAUUCGGAGCGGGUGUACGAUGCGUGUAUGGACGCCUUCGACUGCCUUCCUCUGGCCGCCCUUAUGAACCAGCAGUUCCUGUGCGUACACGGAGGACUGUCCCCAGAAAUCACAAACCUUGACGACAUCAGGAAAUUAGACAGAUUCAAAGAGCCCCCUGCGUACGGGCCCAUGUGUGACCUGCUGUGGUCGGACCCCCUGGAAGACUUUGGGAAUGAGAAAAGCCAAGAGCACUUCACACACAACACAGUGAGAGGCUGCUCCUACUUCUACAGUUAUCCUGCUGUCUGCGACUUUCUACAACACAAUAACUUAUUAUCGGUCAUUCGAGCCCAUGAAGCACAGGACGCUGGGUACCGCAUGUACAGGAAAAGCCAGACGACAGGGUUUCCUUCUCUCAUCACCAUCUUCUCAGCACCCAACUACCUAGACGUCUACAACAACAAAGCUGCAGUGCUGAAGUAUGAGAACAACGUGAUGAACAUCAGGCAGUUCAACUGCUCCCCUCACCCCUACUGGCUGCCCAACUUCAUGGACGUCUUCACCUGGUCCCUGCCCUUUGUUGGGGAGAAAGUCACUGAGAUGCUGGUCAAUGUGUUAAGCAUCUGCUCCAAUGAUGAGCUGACGACUGACGAAGAGAUCGAUGGACAUCUAAUAUAUGCCCCCAAGAAAGGUGCCACAGCCUCUGCACGCAAGGAAGUAAUCCGGAACAAGAUCCGUGCCAUUGGCAAGAUGGCCAGGGUAUUCUCUGUCCUCAGGGAGGAGAGUGAGAGUGUGUUGACACUGAAAGGGCUGACCCCCACCGGCAUGCUGCCCAGUGGAGUGCUGUCCGGAGGCAAGGAGAAGCUCCAGAAUGAAACCACAGCUACUAUUGAGGCUAUUGAGGCAGACGAAGCCAUCAAGGGCUUCUCGCCCCAGCACAAAAUCACCAGCUUUGCGGAGGCCAAGGGCCUGGACCGCAUCAACGAGCGGAUGCCCCCGAGGCGGGACGGCCUCCCCUCAGACGCCAGCCUCAACUCCCUCAACAAGGCUCUGUCCUCGGAGACCAAUGGCACAGACGCCAAGGACAGCAGCAACAUCCAGUGAAGGGGCACGCUCCACCACGGCUGGUGGUGGCAGUCUGUGGCGACCAGGGUGGGUCGAACUACGGAAAGUUAUCGCUCGUUCACUUUUUCAGGCCCUUGGCCUCCUCGAAGCUGGUGAUGACGUGCUUGAUUCUGAGACGAGAGAGGGAGAGAGAGAGAGAGCGAGAGAGAGCGAGAGAGAGAGAGCGAGAGAGGGAGAGAGAGAGAGAGAGAGAGAGAGCGAGAGAGAGAGAGCGAGAGAGAGAGAGCGAGAGAGAGAGCGAGAGAGAGAGCGAGAGAGAGAGAGAGAGAGAGAGAGCGAGAGAGCGAGAAUUUAUGAAAGCCCCUAGCUCAUUUUACUGCAGGGCUCUCCAACCCUGUUCCUGAAAAGCUACCCACCUGUAGAUUUUCGCUCCAACCCCAGUUGUAACUACUAUAACCUGAUUCAGCUUAUCAACCAGCUAAUUAUUCGAAUCGGGUACGCUUGAUUAGGGUUGCAGUGAAAACCUACAGGACUGUUGCUCUCCAGGAACAGGGUUGCAGUGAAAACCUACAGGACGGUUGCUCUCCAGGAACAGGGUUGGAGAGCCCGGUUUUACUGGAUAUGGACAUUUUGUGUAACUUCUUACUAACUAUUGUACGUUUACAAAAUACAGCACUAAAAAGGGCAAAACAUAAAAAAACAUGUUUUUAAAAAAUAUAAGGGUGUACAAAUUAAGUAAGGACUAUUUAUUAAUAACUUUUUUUGCUACUCUUAUAAAAUAGCUCUGAAAUAAAUUAGGCAGUCUUAAAAAGAAUGUUGCAACAUUGUUUAAAUGCCCCAAAAAGUUAGUUUUAUGGUUUUGUACAGAUUAUGCUUACCUCAGGUUCAUUUGGUGUGUGCUUUUGACCCAGAUUUCUGGAAAAUGGCAAAUUAUUACCUUGGUGAUGAAUACCUAUUUUUUGGGAGUUUCAUAACUGGAAUUUACAUUUAUAUAUUAUUUGCAAAUAUGUUUUUGUUGUUUUUUGGGAAUAUAGAUUUUAUUGUGGCUUGCUGGAAUUCUGUGAGUGUUCAUUUUUCUCUUUUUAAAGUAUUGCGAACAAAGUAAACAUAAAGAACCUAUAUUGUGUAAAAGAA